AUGUGUAAUCCCAACAGCACCAUUGCCGCGUUCCGUCGUCGAGCACGAGCGCAACAGCUUCUAGAGCUCCAAACAGGAGCAGUCAAUGCUCAAUAUCUCAUGGCAAACAGUCUAAAUGAAUCUGCUUUGGCCAAUCAAGCACGAGAGACUGUCCCAACACGAACUGUCCAAACGGACAACAACUCCACGAUGCCCACGGGAAAGGCGGAAUACACAGGUCCUUCUUACGGAAUCCCAACUACUUUCUCUGCCUUGCAAUCUUACCAGCUUGCCCGAAGCGCCAUUCCAACAAAGCCCAAGCCUAAGCGUCGUCGCAAACCUCAAAAGCCAGGCAAGACUGCCAAGCAAAAUGAUCGUCACUUUGUGGUCCACGACUAUCACGAUCACGCCAAUGAUACGGAAGAAUAUGAUCAAGCUGACCCCACCGAUCGCCGUGGUGGAGUCUCCAUUUCCUUCCCUAUCAAGCUUCACGCUAUCUUGGACCAAGUUGAAGCCGAUGGACUUAGCCAUAUCAUCUCAUGGCAACCUCAUGGAAGGUGCUUUGUGAUUCACAAGCCCAAAGAGUUUGCUGAUCACGUAAUGCCAGGAUACUUUCGCCAGACCAAGCUCACCAGCUUUCAACGGCAAUUGAAUCUAUAUGGAUUCAACCGCAUCACUCGUGGUGAUGACAGUGGUGGUUACUACCACGAACUCUUUCUUCGCGGCAAGACAUUCCUCUGCAAUCGCAUGGUCCGCACCAAGGUGAAGGGCACUCGAUUCAAGGCUGCCAGUAGCCCCGAACGCGAACCCAAUUUCUACUUGAUGCCUCCUGUCAAGUCUCCCAUGCAUGUCACUCCUCAAACUAGUGAUUGUGAUAACUCAGAUGAUGGUUACCCCAAUCAAAUGUACGCCCGCGAAGCCAUUGCCCCAACACCCUUCGCAUCCUCGCCACAACAAGAACAAGAUGUCUGGAGACAGUCCUACCAAGAACAAUUGCCCCAGGCUGCAGCAACCAUUGUUGAAAACUCUUCCAACUAUUCACCACUUGCAACCAUGUCUAGAAGCCUAAUCCAUCCCGGCUUGGCUGCUGCAAGACUUCCCAGUCCCGCCAAGUAUCAAAUGCCCCCAAUGUUGCCCAACCAAAACUCACUCGAUGAUAAUGAAAUCAGCGAGUUGCUGCUUGAUAGCUUUUCUCAAGAUUCUGUCAACAACAGCGUGCAACAAGCAGUGGACUUUAGCAACAUUUUUGAUCCUAUUGGAGAUAACGCAUUGUCCAGCGAUGCCGAACUCUCCCGCGUCCUUUGUCGCCUAUUGGACUAG